GUUUGCGUGUUUGUGUGCUACCAGGCGGGAUCCUACUCCUCCUCCUAUAUAAAACCUGCACGGUUGGCAGAGUGCAGUUUGUGUGUUGUGCGUCUCCUCUGCAGUAGGAAUUGUAACCCCAACCAACCAGUCAUCAUGAUUUGCAGGCUUGUCGUCCUCCUCGCCGCGCUGGCCGCCGUGUCCGCCGGCUAUCUGGCCAGCCCCUACUACGGCUCGUACGGCUCGGCGUACGGCGGCUACGGCGGCUACGGCGGCUACGGCGUGCGGGCGGCCUCACCGUACGCCUACUCCUCCUACUACUCGCCCUCGUACUCGCCCUACGCCCUCUCGACCGGCUACUCCUCCGGCUACUACUCGCCCUACAGCGCCUACAGCUCCUACAGCCCGCUUGGCUACGGCGGCUACAGUGGCUACAGCGGCUACGGAAGCUACCUGUACCGGUGAACAAAAGCCACAGCAUCUGUCCCUCUCUCUUUCCUGCAACUCCAGCGCCAGUAUAGGCCCCUUCCUCACUGUUGGCACAGAGACAAAUUUCGAACAAAAUGUGCAAUGGUCCCUUUUGAGCUCGCAACAAAUGUUGAAAGGCAAUAAAAGACAACCAAAUAAA